AUUUUUUUUUUCCCUCCAGUCUGCAGACUCUUUGGACAUGGCAAUGCUGACAACCCCCACCUGUAUGGAGAGCUAUGACAAAAUACUUUCCUUCAUUGAAGAAAAGAUUUCUUAUAAAGAAGUUCUUCCUGACAACAAGCAACUGUCUGUGAGGGUUUCUCAAAUCUGCAAACAGAAGAAGCUGACUUAUGUUCACAUGAAGAUGGAUACAAGGUUAGACAAGUGCAACACCCCAGAGAGCCGUCAACACCAGUUCACAAAGCUAGACAAGCAGUUGCUAAGAAUUUAUGAAAGCGCUGCUGCCAAGGCCUUGAUAAUUUAUAUUUUCACUGGUUCAUCUCUUAGUGUGCCAUCUGACCAACGUUGUAAUGGGUUAUUCAUGUAUGCCAUCAAGGCUCUGCCUUGUAAAAGGUAGCCAACAUUCAUUCUUAAACUCUGAGUAGGAAAACAGAUCUUCCAAAUUUCUUCAAGAGUUACCUCUCAGCUAUGUACUUGAAAGUUUUCAAUUAAGGCAUUAAAAUUGUCAAAGGAUUUUUGUGCACUGUAAGUGUUCCUACUUUUACAUACAAAGUAAUAAAUAUAACUUCAGAAA